AUGAGAGAAACGCGUGCCGGCCCAGCACUCCAACGCGAUACGAUCGCGCCAAACGGACCACGAACUCGACGUAGAACCGACCGAGGUGGACCAACCAACGAAGCGGGCACUCUCAACAACCCGCAGCUGCCCGGAGCUCAGCAUCCGGCAGGCAAUGCCAACCAAAUGCUAAGACAUCAGGAACCGGGGGCUGUAAACAACCUACAGCUGCCAAAUACUCAGCAACUAGCUAACAAUGCCAACCAGAUGCUAAAACAUCAGGAACCGGGGGCUGUAAACAACCCACAGCUGCCAAAUGCUCAGCAACUAGCUAACAAUGCCAACCAGAUGCUAAAACAUCAGGAACCGGGGGCUGUAAACAACCCACAGCUGCCAAAUGCUCAGCAACUAGCUAACAAUGCCAACCAGAUGCUAAAACAUCAGGAGCCGGGGGCUGUAAACAACCCACAGCUGCUAAAUGCUCAGCAACUAGGUGACAAUGCCAAGCAGAUGCUGAGACACCAGGAACCGGGGGCUGUAAACAACCCACAGCUGCCAAAUGCUCAGCAACUAGCUAACAAUGCUAACCAGAUGCUGAGACAUCAGGAACCGGGGGCUGUUAACAACCCACAGCUGCCAAAUGCUCAGCAACUGGUUGGCAAUGCUAACCAGUUACGAAGACUCUUAAUGCUUCCAAAUUUUUGCAUACCACCUCUAAAGAUUGUGCAGCGACCGGCUUCUAUCGAGCCCCGCCCGCCAUCAAAGCGCACAAUGAAAGCCAUACAAAAGUUCAACCGCAAUUACUCUAAGCUCUUGGAACAGGUUGACAAAAAUCAGCAGCAAUCCCAAGAGUUGUCGCGACGGAAUCAACUGCAGCAGCAGCAAUCGCAUCCACAACAGCAGCAAGUGCUGCCUCAGCAGCAACAAUUGCUCCUACAGCAGCAGCCAUUGCUACCACAGCAUCAGCCAUUGCUACCAAACCAGCCGCAAGUGUUGCCGCAACAGCAGCCACUUCUUCAACAGCGACCUGGGAUCUUACUUCCUACUAAUCCAGUCCAACAGCACAUUUACCCUCCAUUUAAUUUUCCCAAUCAUCCACCGAAUUUCUAUCCUCUUUCCUAUCCGUACUUCUGUCUUCUUAAUCAAUACUCUCGUCCUUAG